AAAGUAUUGAUAAGGAUUUAUCUAUUUCGCAAGACAUUCGGGAUAUUGUACAAAAUCUCAUAAAAAACAGAAAGAUUCGAUGGGGCUUAUGGCCAGGUGCUUUGUACCUAUUGGAACUACUAGUAGGAACCAUACAAGUACUGAAAUGGAGCGCUGAUAUCAAAAAAAUAAAUAGCUUAUGGGAAAAAGCUACUAAAGAGGAAAGGGCAUCACCAUCAUCAUCUAUGUUAGGGAAGAGGCAGAGGGAAGCAAACAUAGUAGAUUCAUCUUCGAAAAAACAAUGUGUAGUUCCCGACAUAAGUUGCUUCUGUCCGGAUGUAGAAGUACCUUUGCAAGCUAACGGGUCAGUAGAUGUUCUUGAGGUGGUGAAGUCUACUGUCCGUACAUUCAACCCAAAAAAAAUUGCUCUUGGAUCUUCCCGCUCCUAUAAGAGCUCGAAUCAUUUGCUAGUAGAUUCUAAACAGAAUGUGAAAGUUCCCCGGGAAAGUACCUAUGAUGCUGAGAUGUAUAGAAUCCUAGCAAAUUGGCUUGCAAAGGUACAUGG